CCUCUACCCCAUGCAAUUCCUCUCAUCUGUGCUCAACCUCUUCGUUAACGAAACCUUCAUUCUUGGACCUGAUAACACCUUCUCGCACUUCCUUUGGUUGUUGUUAUCCUAGAAAACCUGCCUGCCGAGAAUUUUCAGCUCGUUUGCACCUCCCAUUUCCGGUGGAGCGAAGUGUAAACAAAAUGGUGUUUACACGCCGGCAGUCGGCGCGACUACAAGGUCUUCGAGAAGACAGCAACGGACUCGAUAACAGUCUUGACUCGGUCACGACAAGAACCCCUCGACGAAAGAUUGGCAUCCCUGUGAGCAACGAGGAGAUGGAACCCGAUCAUCAUCAUUCAAGUGUCGCAAAAGGGCGCGAUGAGGCACCAUGGCUUGGUUUCUACAACAUGGGAGCUAAGACUGAGCCUCGCCCUGCUCGUCGGAAUGCCAUUGCGGAUGCGCAGAUGACUCCAACCAAAUCCACGCAGUCGAGGAAGACCGCAAACCUCCUUUCUCCGGACUUCAAGUUUACCUUCCAGCCCCGCCAAUCGCUUGACCUGAGUCCAGGCGCUCGACGCAUCAUGGCAGAGAUGCGUGAAGAGGCCGCCAAACUCCGUUCGCAGAUGGCCGCUACCCCAGAAGAAUUCCCAGAUGUGCCGAUGCAUGACCCUGAUCAGCCUCUCAAUCGGAAGAUUGCCGCCGCGAAGGGCACCAAAGGCCGUUUCAGCGAUGUCCACAGAUCCCAAUUCCAAAAUAUGGCCUCGAUCGCCAACCAUCCUUCUGCAUUUCGCGCAAAGGCAAACACCAACCGACCCCCACUCUUUCGCCCUACGCCCAAGUCGCUCAAACAUUCCCCCAACGCGGAGCUGGACCGACCUUCCUUCAAGUCGCUGAAACGCUCCGCCUCCAAGGCGGAUCUUAACCGACCUACAACAAAAUCCCUCAAACGCUCACCGUCCAAGGCGGAGCUCGAUAAUUACUCGUGGAAGUUUGACACUCCUUCCGACGGUACUAGCAUCGGCACUCCUCGAAGCCCAGCCAAACGGCUCAAGCCAAGCAAUGUGGAAGAGAGCCUGAUUCCAAGAGCCCCAUCCCGUCCGGUUUCGCGAGACUCGAACCCGACGAGUAGCAGCAAUGGAACGCCUGGAUCCCGGGCAAAUACGUUGCAGAAGACGUCUAGCAUCCCUCGAUUUGCUUCUACAUCAAACCUGAUGACCCCCACUAAAGCAUCUCUCGCUCGAUCUCAGUCCGCGAAGGCCAUCAAGACUGCCCACUUCAAUUCUCCGCAUCUGAUGUCUCCCUCCAAUCGUUCAGCCCGCGCGGUCAAGGCAUUCGGUCAUUUUGCGAUGCGCAAGAUCUCGGGCUCAACUCCGUUCAAGAAAUUGGCGUCCCCAGCAGCUCCUGCCGCGACCACCCAACCUCCGCCCUCACCGUGCCCCGUGCCCGCAACACCGAGCGUUAUCCCCGAUGCGCCUGUUGCUGAGGAUCCUACCACGCCACGUUCUCGACUGCCAUCCGCCACCAAGCUGAAAUCCAUUCUUCGCACUCCUCGACGUCUCUACUCCAACGACCCAGCCAAGGUAGCCGCUGGCACCCACCUUGCCACUCCACCUAGCGCGGCUAUCAGGAAAUCUUUCGGUGUCCCCAAAACCGAGCCUGUCAACAGGAUCAAGCGUGUCGACUUCACUGCAUCGGUGCUUUCUAUGGCUGAGCAACAAGAGCGACGCGUCCGAGAAGGCUUGCUGGCCAUCUCUAACGGAGAGCGCGUAUCCCCUAAGCCGACCACCGAACGUGACAACUCCUACGAAGCCGACGAGUCGGACAUCUCCUACCCCACCAUUCCCGGCAUGUUCCCUUCGAAUCGCCGUUCUACCCUCGGCCACUUCGGCCAAGCUGGCUCAAGCGGCCCAUCCGAAUUCACCUUCCGCUCCGACACUUCCACCCUCUUCGGCUCCCCCCGCGGCGCCACCAUCCGCCCGGUCCGCUCCUCUGACGUCAACUCCCACGCCAGAGCGGACAAGGUCAACUAUCCAUCCCUCCCCACCGACCGUCCCACCCAGAAGCGCAAGCUCUGCGCCCUCGAGGAAGGCGCCGUCGCCGUGGAAGAUGAGAAGGAGAAUCUCGGUGACGUGGCCGUCGGGGCGGAUGCCGAGGACCGGCCGAUGAAGCGCGCGAGGACGGCGAGCCCCAUGGCCGGGAAGAAGUUCUCGGGCCUUCCGGCGGUGGGGAGGAAGGUUAUGAGGAGUCGGCUGCCUGUGUCGGAGGGAAAGAAGACCGCAGCGGCCAGGAUGACUAGGGCGAGGUUGGAUAUGCUGGCCAUGCCGAAGAAUAGGAAAGGCUAGGCUGUGGUAUUUCAGGCGCUGUCUUGGUGGUGGUUGGGGAGGGUCGAUCUGAACCGAGACUGGUGCGAGCAGCGGCUUGCUUUAUUUUCAUUGGUCAUGGUGUCGACGGCACCGGCAUAAAAAUAUGGGAGGCGUUUUACGGUGGGUUCGUACUCCGUGACGAUCAUGGAGUCCUCGUUUUCGAAACGGUCUCCGAUUCAGCGUGUCACUUGGGGUUCGUGGGAGUUUUCAAUCCGGUUGAGAUGUUCAACUGGGAUGGGUUCUUUGUCUUUUCUAUUCCGAGCGAAUUUUUCCCUUUACAACGCUGUCCGUGUCGUCGAGCACAGUCCUCAUGCGGCGGACUUGGACUGACACGGAUGUUAUGACUGGCUCCCGGAAGAAAUGCAAGAUGGGAAUGUCUUUUCGGUAACUAUUGUGGUACUGUACGAGCAUAGUUAGCCUUAUAUCAACGCAGCUCUU